AUGUCUCCAAAGAGAGGCAAUAGCAAUACCACUGUCCCGUUGGAGAAGUAUAUUCAACAGGCCUGGAACACGCCCGAAGUGCUCAACCCAUUUGGCAUAACCCCUUCAGGAGCAUCUGUCGAUGGAUCGCCAGUGGUGCCGACACUGCGAAAGGGCUGUCGGAACCGCAUCAUCUACUACAUCGGCUCUUUCAACCCGCCGCAUCUAGGUCACCUGGCCCUCAUCGACCAUGUAUUCUCAAACACCAACGCCGCUGUCCCGUCGUCCUCGCCGCCCGCCCCGGACGACCUAAACCCUGUGGCCCUCAUUGUCCUCCUGCACGGCGCGUCCUGGGUCCGGGGCAAGCUGCACAAGACGCCCCACUCCUCGUCAUCUGACGACGAGGAGCCCCUGCACCUCAGCUUCGCACAGCGCUACAGACUCGUCCGCCAGGGCGUCCCGGACCGCCUGACACGAAGUGGUGUCUGGGUCUUCCCCGAGGGGCUCGGCGACUGGUGGAUGUUCCAGAACAAGCUCAUGACCGCGUGUCGGGGGGAUGGCUUUGCGGUGGAGUUCGUGGAGCUGCUUGGCCCUGACUAUGUCGUGCAGCAGAGGCCGCAGUGUUCGGGUUACCAUGGCGUCGUCACGAGUAAUGUUUGUCGGAAGGCGGAUUUUGUGCCCGGGGCGGUGCAUGGGGAUCAGUUGGUGCGUUUGGAGGGUUUCGGGCCGUGGGGCAGAUCGGACGUAGGGGGUGAGGUGAGGGAUGAGGAGAGGAUGAAGAGUAGUGUUUGGGUCUGUGAACAUGACGGUAGAAUGGGCUAUAGAAUUUGGUUUGUGCAGCAUGAAGCCCCGAUCAUGGAUCCGGGUAUGAGCUCGACAGAGUUGAGACGGAUUAUCGCAGAUCACAAGGGCAAAGAUUUGGAAGAGAGGAUUACGGGGGUUGCGAUGAGCCCUGAGCUGUUGAUCGACUCCCUGGAGACAGGGCGAGAAGCAGGCUGA